GAGGAUUUCGUGCAGCCUAGGAACCCCGAGUCAUGGAACGCAAACAAAUGUCUGGUGUGGUACGCAACACCAGGAAGUAAUUGUCAGCCGCCCGCUUCCGUUUCCGGUGAGCUUGGAUUAUAGGGCUAGAAAAAAGGGUUUUACGGGACAGCUGGUCCUAAACAGCAGGACCAAAGCUUCGUCUUCAGGAUGGACAAGGAGAAGGGUCACGUAACUGAACAAAUAUUAAGUCUCACCCUGGAGAUCAUUUAUCUGCUGACUGGAGAGGAUUAUGGACCCAUGAAGAAGUCUCUUGAUCCCGGGGCACCCAGCAGCCGUCUUCACCUCUCAGGAAAGCUGGGCCGGACCCAGAGCCCUGUCGCAUUCCCAAUAUAUGAGAGGAACAAUGAGCAGAAGAUCCUAGAACUCUCAAACAAGAUCAUUCAUCUGCUGACUGGAGAGGUUCCUAUAAGGUAUCAGGAUGUCAUUGUCUGUUUCACCAUGGAGGAGUGGGAAUACAUAGAAGGACAUAAGGAUCUGUACAAUGACGUUGUGAUGGAGACCGAUCAGCACCUGGAAUCACUGGAUCAGUCCAGUGAGGGGAAUACACCAGAGAGGUGUCCUAGCCCAAUCUGUUCACAGGACGGUCAUAUAGAGGACAACCAAAGUGUGGAUGAAGAUUGUAUAAUCGAGCCUAAUCCAGACUAUAACCAGGAGCCCAACAAGGUUGAAGAUGUAAACAUGUGGCAAGUUGAAGUUGUCCCUGAAAUGAAAGGACAAAGGACGCAUGCUAAAAGUAAACCGCAGCACAGGGAACCGGUUAUAGAUCUCACCCCAGAAGUAUCCAGUAUUAUUCCAGAAAUGUGCCCCAGUCCUCCUCGUCCAAAACCUUAUGCAUUAAAAGAGAAAGCCUUCAAAAGACACAAUGAGGAUGAAAAUCUAAAUAUUGUCAUCAUUGAUAUUGAAGAAGAAGAUGACGAUUAUUUAGGAGAUGACCAGGAUUUUAAGAUGGAGGCACAGACUCCAAGACAUGUUAGUAUAGACCUUGAUGAUGAUGAUGAUGAUGACGAAGAACCUUCAGAAAUCUGUCACCUCCCUUCCCCAGAAAAAAAUUACGACUACCAUAACUUUCACCCUGGUGCUGACUAUAACUAUGAAAUGCAGCAUUUUGCACAAAGUCCUGAAUUGAAUUCUUUUCACUACAAACAUGAACAGUAUUUCCAGGAUCCUAGAGUUAAAAUCCAUCAAAAUGUGAAAAGUAAACAGCACGUUUGUUCAGAAUGCGGAAAAUGUUUUCCUCGGAAUAACGAUCUGGUAAUGCAUAAGAGAUUGCACCGUGGGAAGGUCCCCCUAGUAUGCUCUGUGUGCGGCAAAUGCUUCCCCAGCAAUUCCCACCUCUUGAUACAUCUGAGGAUCCAUGCGGGAGAGAAACCUUUCGGUUGUUCAGAAUGUGGUAAGAGUUUUAAGAGUAACUCUCAUCUGGUGACUCACCUGAGGAUCCACAGAGGAGAAAAGCCUUUUGUUUGUCCGGAAUGUGGAAAAAGCUUUAAUGACAAGUCAAAUUUUGGGAGGCACAAGAGAAUCCACACGGGGGAGAGACCAUAUGCAUGCAGCGAAUGUGGAAAAGGCUUUAAUCGUAAAGCUAACCUACUCAUUCACCAGAGAACCCACACGGGGGAAAAGCCCUUUGCCUGCUGCGAUUGCGGGAAACGUUACACCAGCAAAGCCGAACUGGUCCGACAUAAAGUCUUCCACGUGGAAGGGAAGCAGUUUUCAUGUCUAGAAUGUGACGAAAAAUUUAAUGAGAAAUCCACUCUCCUCAUCCACCAGAUGGUUCACAAAGGAGAGAAACCAUUUUCCUGUGCCGAAUGUGGGAAAUGUUUUGCAAAUAACUCCCAGCUGGUAACACACGAGCGCAUUCACAAAGGAGAGAAGCCGUUUGUGUGUCCCGAAUGCGGGAAAAGCUUUAAUGACAAGUCCAAUUUUAUCCGACACAAGAAGAUCCACACUGGGGAGAAGCCUUUCGCUUGUUUCGAGUGCGGCAAAGUCUUCAACCGGAGAGCGAAUCUCUUGUUACAUCAGAGAACUCACACAGGAGAAAAGCCAUUUUCCUGUUCACUGUGUGGAAAGUGUUUUACAAGUAAUUCAGGGCUCGUCGUACAUCAAAGACUUCAUUUUGGGGAAUAGUUUUGUUAAAAUUGAAAAAAAAAAAAAAAAACAAUAAUAA